UGAGUUAGCGUAGGGUUGCAGCUUCGUUGUCACACACACACGCGGCUCUGCGUUGAGAUACUCAGAGGCGGAGCAGAAAAGAGCAAAAGCGAUCGUUCCGAUCGAUUUCCAGUCGCUUUCCUGCCUUUUGUCGUUGUGUUUCCGUAGCUUUCUCUUGGAUUGCAUCGAGAAACGCAAAGGUAAAGAGAGCCGGGGAAAUGAGUUGAAUUAUAAGUGUAAUUUUGCAGGAACUAAUUCGUCUGCUUCUUUUGUCACCAAUAGAUCAGAACUGUUGACGGAAAUCGCUCGCUGAAUCUGUUUGAUGAUCUUGACGAACUGGACGUUUUGGUUUGUUAGUUGUUGUAUGUGUCCGAGAAGUCUGUCUCCUCAAAUGAUUAGGUGUUGAAUCGAUUUUGAAGUGUUAUAAUGCUUCUUAAGAGAAGCCCUAACUUCGUUAUUUUGAUUUAGAUCUUACUUUUACUCUGAAUUUGAUAUCUUCUCAGAAACUAUAGGCGUGAGCUUAGAUUCUAAUUUCAGGUGUUUAGCUGUUGUGAUGUGUCUGUAUGCGUAUACUCGCUUAUGUGUAUAUAUAUGAAAAUGAUGUUCAACCGAACUGCAAAUCCUAUAAAUUAUACUCUCUGCUGCUCUCAAUCUACUUUUCUCUUUUUCCCCCACUUUAUAUGUCAGGCUAUAUCUUCAUUAUCUAUGCUGCUCUCGCUCUCUCUGGCUAGCAUAACUUGAUCGGAAAUCUUUUGUUAUACUUGUCAAGUUAUCAAGCCUAACUCGAGCUUGGCUUGAUAAGAUUGCUUUUUUCAUUAUGGGGUAUUUGGUUAUUCUUAAUUAAUAUAUUUUGUAUUUAACCUUGUAGGUGUACAAUGCUUGAAACAAAACUCCAACAUUUCAACUUACUCUUUGACGCGUUACUCAGUUCUCUCAAUUUUAUUGAUCAUUCUAUAGUGUUUGUUCGACUGAUCAAUGCUUGUUCAGCGCCAGACUCCAUUUGUUUGAUUUGAUCCAAAUUUUUUUCCCCAUUAAGUAACAUAAUACCACGCAAGACCUAGUGGGGGAGCAGCUGAGGCUCACGAGACUCAAACUCAAAGACCUUGAUCUUUCCAGCACUCCCAUUACCACUAGGUUGUCACUCCAGUGGUUAUUUGUUCCAAGUUUGAGCAUUCAUUUAUUUAGUAUUCUAUCUCUCUCUGUUUAUGGACUUGUGAGCUUAAAAUAUGUUUUGUAUUUUAACUGGUUUCUAAUAAGUUGAAGGUUUUUGGAAGCAAGGCUGUGUUGAUAAUGUCUCUCUGUAAAGAGCUUGUCUUUCUGAUCUUACAGUUCUUCCAUGAGGAAGGGUUUGAAAGGACUGCCCACGUGCUUGAGCAUGAAAUGGGUAUUUUCUUUGACAUGGAAUAUUUUGAGAACCUGGUUCUGAGUGGCAACUGGGAUGAGGUUGAGAAGUAUCUUUCUGGUUUCACUAGACUUGAAGAUGACGAGUAUUCUAUAAAGAUCUAUUUCGAAAUCAGGAAGCAAAAGUUCCUUGAGGCACUUGAUGGGCAUGACCGCGUGAAGGCUCUGGAUAUCCUUGUGAAAGAUCUGAAACCCUUUGCCAAAACAAAUGAAGAGCUAUACAAGGAAAUGACCCAGUUACUUACUUUAGAUAAUUUCAGAAACUACGGUCCCCUCUCCCUGUAUGGGGAUUCAUUUUCUGCUAGAAAGCACAUGAUAGCUGAACUCAAAAAUAUUAUCAAAUCAGAUCCCCUUUUUCAGGACAAACUGAAUUUUCCUCACAUGGAUAAAUCAAGAUUAAGGCGCCUCAUUAACCAAAGCUUAAAUUGGCAGCACAUUCGUUGCGCAUAUCCUCAGCCAGACCCUGAAAUAAGUACCCUCUUUAUGGAUCAUCAAUGUCAACGAUCUCAUCAUUCACAUAGUGUUUCAGUAGAGAAUGAACCACUGAAUGUUUUUUCUCUUUUCAAGCCUUUCCAAGCCACAGCGCCAUCUUUCUCUUGUCAGGAGACUUCAACUGUGACACAAUCUCUAGUUUCAGAUGGCUCUGCCAAUAUUAAUGCUUCAUCCAGUUUGGAGAUUGGUUUCAAUUCUGUUGCAAAAGUGGCAGAUGACCAGAAUUCGGACUGUGAAUCUGAAACAAGGUUCUCUGGGCCUUUAAAUGAGGUGGCAUCAGCUGCAACUUUCACCAGUCAAACAAACAGUCAGGUAUUCAAUAAUCAUGACAGUGUGCCCAAUGUUGUCCAUCAGGUUUUAACUGAGGGGUCUCCUCCAACAAGCAUGGACUUUCACCCUAUUCAACAGAAUCUUCUUUUAGUUGGAACCGAUACUGGGGAAAUAGGAUUGUGGGAAGUUUCUUCUGGGAAGAAAUUAUUUUCGAGAAAAUUCCGUAUUUGGAAGAUCAAGAAUAUUUCAAAGACAUUUUUGGUUGCUCUGGUGAGAGAGUCACACAUCUCAGUUAAUCGUCUAUCAUGGAGCCCUGAUGGUUCAUUAUUUGGGGUUGCGCAUUCAAAACAUAUAGUCCAGUUAUAUUCUUAUCAUGGUGUUAGCAACAUCCAAAAACACUUGGAGAUUGAUGCUCAUGUUGGUGCUGUAAAUGAUCUCGCAUUCUCUAAACCAGAUAAGCUGCUUUAUCUAAUAACCUGUGGUAAUGACAAGUUUAUUCAGGUCUGGGAUGUGAAUACUGGUGCCAGACACUAUACUUUUGAAGGUCAUGGGGCCCCUGUUUACUCUGUCCGUCCUCACGUAAAAGAGGGAAUUCAUUUUAUCUUCUCAACAUCAACGAAUGGUGAGAUAAAAGCAUGGUUAUACGAUAAUAUGGGACCAAGGGUCAACUAUGAUGCUCCCGGUCAAUGUUGUACAAGAAUGGCAUAUACUGCUGACGGUAAAAGGCUAUUCUCUUGUGGAACCACAAAGGAUGGAGAAUCAUUCAUUGUUGAAUGGGAUGAAAGUGAAGGUUACUUGAAAAGGAACUACCAAGAGCUUAGUAAAUGUUCUUCUAAUGUCGUGCAAUUUGAUACAAGCAACAACCAGUUUUUGAUUGCGGGUGACGAUCAUUUAAUUAAAGUUUGGGAUAUAGACCAUGCUGAACUUCUUACGGUUAUUGAUGCGGAUGGAGACCUACCUGCAAGUCCUCAUGUUCGCUUCAACAAGGGAGGCACGAUAAUGGCUGUUACUGCAAAUCAUAAUGGCAUCAAAAUCUUGGCAAAUCACUUUGGGUAUGAGUUGAUGCAAACUUCUGAAAAUGUUUCUGCAAAUGCUUAUACGGUUCUCUCAGGAACUUUAAAGAAGCUUGCAGUCAAUCCAAUUUUGACUGCUGUUAGCACUGGAGCUACAAAAGGUGUAUCGGGGGAGGCGAGUCCUGUAAAGCUCUGUAAUGUAUAUGCAGGUGAAGGCGUGAAACCCAAAUUAGCUGCUGAAUCCAUUGAGAUCUUAGAGGUUUGGAAAUCAAAAUUCAAUCAACCUUCACAGUCUCAGUCCUUGAAGCUUCCUUCUCAAGUGAAAACUGACAAGAUAUCAGGGUUGAUCUACACCCAUGUAGGUAAUGCCAUUUUGGCUUUAGCAUCAAAUGGCAUUCAUCUCCUUUGGAAGUGGUCAAGAAAUGAAACUAAUUUAAGCGGAAGGGCAACCACAAAGGUUUUUCCUCAAUUGUGGCAACCAAGGAGUGGAUUAUUAAUGACCAAUGACCUUACCGAUGCUACCACCGAAGAGUGUUUGCCUUGCUUUGCCUUGUCCAAGAAUGACUCAUAUCUUGUGUCAGCAUCAAAGGGCAUGGUUUCUCUUUUCAACAUGAUGACAUUUAAGAAAAUGAGAGCUUUCAUGGCUCCAUCAGCAGGAGCAACUUGUAUUGCAUUUGAUUCUCGAGAUAGUAAUGUAAUUGCAAUUGGCACUGAUGAUUUCACUGUUCUUAUUUAUCAUGCCCGUUAUGAUUGGGUGAUCAGCAAGCUCAAUGGUCAUUCCAAGCGAAUAACUGGCCUAGCAUUCUCUAAUACUCUGAAUGUACUCGUUUCCUCUGGAGCAGAUGCGCAGAUUAUUGUGUGGGAUACCAUUGGCUGGGGCAAGAAGAAAAGUUGCACGCUGCAGAUUCCUGUUAUGAAGCUACCAUCAGAUACAUAUGUCCAGUUCCACCAAGAUCAGAGACACUUCCUUGCUGUACAUGAGACUCAGUUAGCAAUAUUUGAAGCAACAGAAUUAGGAUGCAUGAAGCAGUGGGACACCGGAGACAACUAUCCACGAAUCUCGUGUGCAACAUUCUCCUGUGAUAGCCAGUUGGUGUAUGCGUGCUUUGUGGAUGGAACUGUAUUAAUAUUUGAUGCCUUAGAUUUCCAUCAACAAUGCAAGCUCGGCCCCUCUGCUUACCUUCCACCUGACAUCAGUUCAAAUGCAUGUCCCCUCACAAUUGCUGCCCACCCUCAAGAGCCCAACCAGUUCGCCUUGGGACUAACUGAUGGCGGCGUCGUGGUCGUUGAGCCUCCCGAAUCCUCAGGGAAAUGGGAUGUCACCAGAUCAUUUACCAGCGUGUCUUCUCCUGCUUGAUCAUGGUAAAUGCUUAAUUCAACCAUGAGUCCAGUCAUCAUCCAUCUUGCUUGCGAUCCUCGUUUGUUGUAUAGCUUUUAUCGAGUGGAAGUGUGCUGGCAUAUCAUAUAUAUACCCAUAACUUAAGUGUGAUAAAUCUCUUAAGAGUGCACUAAUAUGGGGCUUUUUAGUACCAUUUGUUGAAUUACCAUACAAUUUUUGCACACUGUUUACUCACUGAUUUCUGAUCAGAUGUGCAUAAAUAAAUACCUUUGCUGACCCUUAAGUUGUUUUGCCUUGUUCAUUCUCCCCUGUAGCCCAUAGAUGCAUGUACACACAUUUAUAUGUAGUGGCCUUUAAAACUGAUGGGAUUGAUGCUUUGCGUCCAUUAUACCCUUCAAUUGAGCGCCUAGUUUCUGAGCUUGAUGUUCUUUGCCCA